AUUAAAUUUUGGACAUACAAUUCCCAUUUUACAAGAUGGCUUGCAAAUUGCUGGUAGAAGUUCCUAAUGAGGAUAAAAUUUUGGAAUUGGAUGCGGACAAGGUUUGUCUAGUGACCGACACAUUCAGCAAGGCGGAUAUGUAUCUGGAGUCCGAAACCAAGCAGGGAUAUAUUAAGCUCAACGCACCUGGACUAUAUAAUUUUCAACUGCCGGAACCCGGGUGCUUAAAUGAUGUCAUCACACAAUAUGAGGAUGAUUCAACAUUAACGGACAACUGGACAAAGGAGGAUGUAGAUGAGAUAAAUUUGAUAAGAACCCAGGAUGGAAUGCAGCUUGGACACCUGCAAAGAGAUACCACCACAGGUGAGAUGUACAUGCUAUUUCCACUUGAAAUUGAUCUGCUCCUGAGCCCUGAUCCAAGUUGCAAUAUGAAACAGCCCGCAGAAGGUCAAUCAAAUAUCAGUUCGGUUGAUUCUGCAAUAACGCUCGCCCAAAGUGAUGAUGCAGAAGAGGACGCCUCGCAGACAACGUUGACGGAUACACCCAAACCAAAUGAAAAUCAAGUCCAACUCUUGCAUAUGGAGGAGGAACGCGAAACCUGAUCAACGAAGAUGAUGAGGGGUCGAAUGAAGACUUGGAACUGGUUGACUAGACAAUCGAAUGUAAAUACCCGAACACACACAAUUGUGCUUUUUUGGAUUGAUAAAUUUCAUGUUCAAGGCAGAUCUAAGUGCUUGACACUGAGUGUUGUGCUGAAUU